AUGCCAAAGCGGAAACGAAAUCACGAGCCCAGCCUCGAAGAGAAGCUAUCACAAUGGCACAAGGAAUUAGCGCGCGGCAUGAAGACCGCCAAAGGUUUCGAGCGCCAACGAUUAAGCAAGCGCAUUCGCGAAGCUCAGAGCGAUCCGGAAAAGACGGCGAGGUUUGAGAGAGAGAUUGCCGUAUUAAAGAGUCUCGAUCUCCAACAAGCCGCGCACGCGCACCUAUGCUCGUCGCUUCUCAAAGUCAAGGGUGUGGCCGAGUCCCCAAAGAUACCCGCUGAUAUCAUCAAGCCUAUUCCGAAGCCUGAGGGGCUGUCCGAUGAAGAGAAGGCUGCGCUACAUAAUGUGACGAGUGCGCUCUGCAAUCGCAAGCAGAUCCGCGACGUCAUUGAGGAGGCUAUCAUGGGUACGUGCAUUGCGCUGAGGGUACCUAUGCCGGAGAAAUUGAAGAAAGGGAAGGGUAAGAAGGAGAAGAAAGAUUCAAAUAAAGAGGAGCAGGAUGGUGGUAGAGAUACUACGAGGUCGGCAGCGAUUAAAAAUACGCAUAAAGAAAAAGACGACGAAGACGAAGACGAAGAGAAGUCCGAUACUGAAGAGAACGGGCCAGGGCUAGUGCUUUUAAAGAGGAAGCAGGAUAAGGCCGAGGAUGAUAAGGAGGAACUCGGUAGCGAAGAUGACGAUGAAGCUGAAGAUGACCAACCAUUCGAAAAUUUCUCUGACAGCGAUGCCGAGGAACGAGCCUGGUCGCGGUAUGAUGACUUCGUGGCAGGCUCAUCUAGCGACGAGGAUGAAUCAGGAGACGACGGAAGUGGGGACGAUGAACUCGUUGCAGACAGCAGAACGAAAUCGCUCCGAAAAGCGACGGCCGACGACAUUUCUAUAUCAUCAGUCGGAUCGUCCGAAUCGGAUCAAGAAGAGGAAGAAGAAGAUCUGGAAGAUGCAGAAAGCCAAAUUUCUGCAUCUGCAUCCCCACCUCCCAAAAGGGCUAAAGCCGCAAAGACGGCUGCGAUAAUACCUGGCAACUCAGCAUUCCUGCCUUCAUUAAUGGGUGGCUACAUAUCAGGCUCCGAAUCAGAAGCCUCCGACCUCGAUCUCGCCCCCGCGCGCAAGAACCGGCGGGGCCAACGGGCGCGUCAAGCCAUAUGGGAGAAGAAGUACAAGGAGAAAGCGAAGCACGUCCAGAAGCAGCAGGAAGGCAAGACGGGCAGAGACCAGGGGUGGGACAUGAGACGAGGUGCUGUAGGGGACGAAGAGGGGUCCAAUAAGCCCUGGAAGAAGGGCAUCCGGAACCCCUUCGAUAAUAAGCACAUACAUCCCGAGCGCCAGCAGCAGCUUCACGGUGGCCGCGAACAAGCUAGCGGGAGAAGCUUUGUGGAGGACAACCCGAAACCAAAAGCAAUACCUAAGAGAGAUGAUACAGGCCUCUUACACCCAAGUUGGGCCGCGGCUAAGAAGGCCAAGGAGGAAGGCCAAAAGAUUGCAUUUCAAGGGCGCAAGGUUGUGUUCGAUUAA